AUGGGCACGCUGCGCGAUCUGCAGUACGCGCUCCAGGAGAAGAUCGAGGAGCUGAGGCAGCGCGACGCGCUCAUAGACGAGCUGGAGCUGGAGCUCGACCAGAAGGACGAGCUCAUCCAGAAGCUGCAGAACGAGCUGGACAAGUACCGCUCGGUGAUCCGGCCCGCCACGCAGCAGGCGCAGCAGGCGCAGCAGGCACAGCAGGCGGCGCAGCAGGCGGCGCAGCCCGGCGGCGGCGCGGGUAGCGGCGGAGGCGAGCCCCGCACCAAGCGGCAGGCGAUCUCAGCCGAGCCCACUGCCUUCGACUUGCAGGACCUCAGCCACGUGACGCUGCCCUUCUACCCCAAGAGCCCCCAGUCCAAGGAUCUUAUCAAGGAAGCCAUCCUUGAUAAUGACUUCAUGAAGAACCUAGAGCUGUCUCAGAUCCAGGAGAUUGUGGAUUGUAUGUAUCCCGUGGAGUAUGGCAAAGACAGCUGCAUCAUCAAAGAAGGCGAUGUGGGCUCCCUGGUGUACGUCAUGGAAGAUGGAAAGGUGGAAGUUACCAAAGAAGGGGUGAAGCUGUGCACUAUGGGACCAGGCAAAGUCUUUGGAGAACUGGCGAUUCUAUACAACUGUACCCGCACAGCCACCGUCAAAACUCUUGUAAAUGUGAAACUCUGGGCCAUUGAUCGACAAUGUUUUCAGACAAUAAUGAUGAGGACAGGCCUCAUCAAGCACACGGAGUAUAUGGAAUUUUUGAAAAGUGUCCCCACAUUCCAGAGCCUCCCUGAAGAGAUCCUAAGCAAGCUGGCUGAUGUUCUGGAAGAGACACACUAUGAGAAUGGGGAAUACAUCAUCAGGCAAGGGGCCCGAGGGGACACCUUCUUCAUCAUCAGCAAAGGAACGGUAAAUGUCACUCGAGAAGAUUCCCCAAGUGAAGACCCAAUCUUUCUUCGUACUUUAGGGAAAGGAGAUUGGUUUGGAGAAAAGGCCCUGCAGGGGUAA